AUGGCCGUUCCCGAAAUCUUUGACAUAUCACGCCAAAAUGCUCCAGGUCACUACAGUCCGUCUCAAACAGCUCUGCUGCUGCUCGAUUACAAGGCAUUGGUCAUCGGCCGAAUAGGCCCCAAAGCCGAAGCAGCAGUCAAAGAAGCGGCGAAAAUGCGAGACUGGGCAAGAUCAAAAGGCAUCGUCGUCCUUCACGCUCUGGUCGACUUCACCGGAACUCCACCAUUCGACACCACCAAAGAGUUCGACCGACUAUCAGAACUCACAACCCAAGUCAAGCGAGAAGGGGGCGGCGAGGAACCAGCAGAACUGCUCCAAGGAGAUGGGGAUGUUGAGUUCAAUCGACGGCCUGGGUAUAUCUCUGCAUUGCAAUCUGAUGGAAUCAAGAAGUUUCUUCAGGAGAAGGGGAUCAAGUCGCUGCUGCUUAUGGGAUUGAGCACAGGGGGUUGUGUGCUUAGAACUGCGUUGGAUGCUGCUGAGAAUGAGUUUGUGGUCACGAUCACUCGGGAUGGGUGUGCGGAUGCGAAGGAUGAUGUGCAUGAGUUUUUGUUUGGGAAGGUGUUUGGAAGAGGGGAUUUUGUGGUUACUGGAAGGGAGUUUCGAGAUGGGUAUGAUCGGCUGCAACAUUAG